AUGAAGGCGCGCACUACUGCAAUUUGUGUGAGGUAGGUUUAGCUGGGCAUGUUGUAUUAAGUUGGGGAGGGGAGUAUUGGUAUGGAAGCUACGUUUUUAGAAAUAAAUAAAAAAAAUUUUUGGGUCUCCACCCUCCCCCCUAGAAAAAAUCCGUAGCGACGCCCCUGCUCCCACCUAAAACGUCACCUGGUUGAUGUUAUACUUGAUUUUCACUCAAAUUUGCUAGUUAAAACUAAUUAAAAGUUCAGAGACCUUAUCAGCAAUCUUAUUACUACAUUUCUUCAAAAGAACGUGAACUUUUAGAUAAGCUCCUAACGUUUUUGAACAGUUUUUCGAACGAACGUGAACAAUUUUUCUUUUGUGUCAGAUGUUCCCCAAUGGUUUUUUGCCUCGUGUCAGCUCUUUUCCUUUCUUUUUUUUUGUUUUCUGGAUUUUGAGAACGGAAAAAAAAGAAAAUUCCUGUAUCUUCUGGAUAAAUUUAUCGAUAAAAACAGUCUUUUAAAAAAUUGAAGGCUAAUCUCUUUAUUUUUUUUAACCUUUCUUGAAAUUUUUAAAAAUUUUAGGUAACAAGAUUCAUUUCCAAAUAUUUUUAAUAUUCGAUCAUUUUUACAAACUUCAUUAUCACUGAUAAAACGAUUUUGAUUGUCAUUGUCAAUUUCGUAAUGCGUUGUUUCAGGGUUUCACUAAUAAUUCCGCCUCAUGUUGACAUAGACGAACCGCCGGAAAGAGCCAUGAGUUUGUUGAGCUCUCUAAUUUUCAUAGUCAUAACUGGUUGGUAAGUUUCUUUUUGUUUUUCUUUUGUUUUUAGGCGUUUUUCAAGUAGAUGUUACUGGUAUUUUAUCAUUUUUGUCAAAGUCUGAAAAAAUAGCUUUUUUUGGAAGGUCUUAAACUUUAUUUUUGGUCUUUCCAUGUAAUUUUUGACCGAGUUUAAAAUGAAACGUUUCUUAAUAGUUAAAAUAAUGUUUCUUUUUGCUUCUAAAACAAAAAUUUAAUGGGUACGAGCUACCACUUAUUUUAAAUCUAUGAAAGGAUAACAUUAAAAUUUUUAUAAAGAAAUUUUUAAAAACAAACGUCUUUUGAUGUUUCUAUGUAUUUUUGGCCAUCUUAACAAUGAAUUCCAUUUAGAUAGUCAAACCAACAAAUUUUCUGUAUUUUAAGUUAAAAAUAUCUUUCGACUUUGGCUCCAGGCUUUGAAAAAAGGCAAAGUCAUGGAUAACAUCGAGAUGUUUCGCUGUAAAAUGAAAAAUUUGUAAAUUGAUCUGUAAAAAGUUUAUUCUUAUAGACAAUUUCAGCACGAUAGCAAUAUCAACGUCAAGUUCUUGGCAUCACCGAGAUGUACUUGGUCUUUCAACGUUACAUCGCCCUGUGAUUCAGACCAAACGGUAG